AUGGAUCCCUCAAGCGGAGCAAACACCCAUCCUGAAUCACCACUUCGAGCACCCUCGCAACACGAGCAAACCUCAAAUGUAACCACAAACGCUUAUAGCUCGCGAAAAGACCGCUCACUCUCACCAAGAGGUGGUGGAUAUCGUCGUUCUUCGUACUCACCUCGUCGUAGAAGGCUAGCCGGGAAGAUAGAUGAUGGUAGAGGCUAUCGUGACCAUUUUUAUUCUGAAAGAAGAGGUCCUCCAAGGAGAAGUAAACCUGUUGAACGUGGCUCUGAUAAAGAUAGACGUGAUUCAACUACUCUGUAUGUGGGAAAUCUUCCAUAUGCUUUCCGUGAACAAGAUGUUGCCGACAUGUUUGAAAGAUAUGGACGUCUUAGAAAAGUCACUGUUCAACUUGAUCAUUAUACUGGCAGAAACAAAGGCUUUGCUUUUGUUGAAUUUGAAGACCGACGAGAUGCCGAAGAUGCAUAUGAUAAAUAUAAUGGAUUUAGUGUGGAAGGACGUCGACUAAAAUUAGACUGGGAUAUUGGAUUAACAAAAAAAGAUCAGCAUCGUCGUGAAAAACAUAAUAAUUUCGCUGAUUAUGGACGCGCAUCCGAUACUUACGGACGUGGAGCAUCACCACCACCUAUGCGUGCGUUCAGCCCCAACUACAGAACAGGUGGACGUUCUCAAAGCCCAUAUCGUCGAUAG